AUGAUUCUGAUGAUGAUCGGGGACGUACUUGAAUCCUCUCGUUUGGCGGCGAACUGGCUUAUGCUCACCCAUGAGUGUGUAGGCUGGGCUUUCUUGGUCCUGGGUCUGUCGGCGGUCCCUUAUUUGCGGGCUCACCUGGUUUGUCGCAACCGGAAAGUCAUCCUUUUUAUCCGAAACCUAAUCAUCGUCACCACCGUUCUUAUUGUACCACCGGUAAUCAUCCCCGAUUCCGGCUCGGUCUAUACCACAGCCGUGUCGUGGACCACCGCAUUUAAGAUCAUUGACCGGCUACAGUUGAGGUUGGUUAGCGUCCAGGAGUCUUUCGUAAGCUCUUUCUAUAUCAUUCAGACCACCAAGAUUAUUCGCGUCUACCCCAAGAACAAGCAGGGGACUAAGAUCUUUUUCGAACCGCUCACCGUCAAUGCGAAUUGUAUCCUGACGGAUAUCACAUUGGUGGUGUUCCAAUAUUUGGACUUCUACUUCGCGCAAAUUCUUGUGAAACCGUUUGUGUACAGCGUGAAAUUGGAGCCGAUUUCGAGUGGCGAGGAAGAGAGUUUCCGUUUUUUUUUCGUGAAAAUGGCUUUACGAGUGCUGGAGAGCAUAGUUGCAUUCAAUGCAUGGAAAGCCGAGCUCGAGGGCCGGAGCAAACGCCUUACAGCCCUUGCCGGGAAGUUGACUCUGAGGAUGACACCGAACGGAAAGAAGCAGGUGAAAACUUGA